UCCAUGGGAAACAACAACAAAAAAAUAAAAAAAAAUAAAGAAAGGAAACAAACAAAGAUCCCUCCUUUUUACUUCCAAGUAAACCCAUCUUCCCUCCAAAUCCAAAUGCCCUUCUCUCUCGCCGUCUUAAGGGUCCCUCUUCUCUCGUUCUCUUCUCCCGCGAAAAACCUGAGGAUGUCUCGGACCAGGCUCUCUUCCCGAUCUCUUCCAUCAGAGGCCCAAAACCCUAACCCAGAGCUAAAUCCAGGUUCUGAUGGUUCUGAUGGCAUUGCUGGAUUGGGGAUUCGUGGUUAUGCGGGAAAAAAGAGGGUCAAAAGGAUGAUCGAAAUUAAUGCGGAGAAUCCAGAAGGAGAAGCUCGUGAUCAGAAAAUUGAUCACUUGCCUGACAUUGAAGAGUUUGCAUAUAAUAAGGCCAAGGCAACUAAAACUUCAAGUAAGGUGAAGCUUGCAUCUGCUCUUCCAGUUGGUAUGGACAAGAGGACAGACCUUUCCAUAGUACCAAAAGUGGAACCACCAACAAAUUGGGAAGAAGUCCUUGAAGGGAUUAAGAAAAUGAGGUCCUCUGAGGAGGCCCCAGUAGACUCCAAGGGAUGUGAAAAGGCGGGUAUUCUUCUACCACCAAAGGAAAGAAGAUUUGCAGUUUUGGUUUCUUCCCUUCUAUCGAGCCAAACCAAGGAUGCAGUUACACAUGGUGCCGUGCAGCGUCUCACUGAGAAAGGCUUACUUGAUGCUGAUGCCAUUGUUAAAACUGACGAAGCAAGCAUGGCUAGUUUGAUCUAUCCGGUUGGAUUUUACCUGAGAAAGGCUCAUUACAUAAAGAAAGUUGCUGAAAUUUGUCUUGAAAAGUAUGAUGGAGACAUCCCAAGUUCUUUAGAUGAACUGUUAGCGCUUCCAGGCAUAGGUCCGAAAAUGGCACAUCUGGUUAUGAACGUCGGAUGGAAUAAUGUUCAAGGGAUUUGUGUCGAUACUCAUGUGCAUCGAAUUUGUAAUCGCCUUGGAUGGGUAUCACGACCGGGAACAAGAAAGAAAACUUUGACUCCAGAAGAGACAAGAGUGUCUUUGCAAACAUGGCUUCCGAAGGAUGAAUGGGUUCUGAUCAAUCCACUACUGAACCGAUCGUGUUGUAGCAUCUUUUCUGAUGUGAAAUAUGAAGCAGGCACUUCAGCUUUCGGUUGGAUUCGGGCAAACAAUUUGCACUCCUCUCAGACCUCGGUGCGGAAUCUGUGGUAUAAACAAAUUAUGCCCAUCUGCUUUCAUGGAGACGGCAAGCCCCAGUUCAAAAGCUAAGAAAUCAAGCCCAAUUAAAAGAUCUUAACCAACUUCUCUUGCCUUUAUUGCAUAGGACUAACAUUUUAUAUACUGCAUAUCGAGAAGUUGUUUCUUAUUCAUCUUUUUUUGAAUAUUUAUGUUGGUAUAGUGCGGGUUGUACCACAAUUCUGAAAAGAUGCUUAAUUUUGUAUCAGCAUCCGUUACAGACUUUAUUGGAAAAAACCUACUAAGGGGCAUUGUAAAGGCAAUUAAGAUGAAAUGAAAUGAAAUGGGAAUUGAUUAUGGUACA